UUCAAUUCAGAAAAUCCGCAAUUUCUCUAAAAACAUGGAAACUGUAUAGAGUACAACACAUAACUUGAGAAACAAACUAUUAAAGAAGAGAUAAUGGACAUUUCUUAUGGAAAAAGUAUUGCUGAAACCCUGUUUAACCUCUACAAGAACAAUGAUACAAACAUGGUGAAUAUGGGGGAUAUCUUUGCAAUGAUUGAUAACUCAGGGGUCAGAAGAUCUGAUCCAAGACUCUCAACUUUCCUUGGAAAAAUAACAGAAAAUUUUGGGCAACCUGCAGGAGAAGAUUUGAACUCUUUCAUCAGCAACUUGAAUGCUGAUGAAGAAACAUUCUAUAAACUUCUUGAUGACAAUCUAGUUCUUCUGUAUCAAAUUAUCAGAAACGAUGUUGUUAUUCCUGACUGGGCAUCCUUUACUGAGCAGGUCACUGAGAUGUUUAAUAAAUGUAAGACUAAUCAAGGAGGAGAGGUCGCUUCUUAUAUUCCACAGUUGGCUGCUUAUGAUCCAGACCUUUGGGGGAUGUCAAUUUGUACAAUUGAUGGACAGCGCUUCUCAUUGGGAGAUGUAAACACUAAAUUUACAAUUCAAUCUUGCUCUAAACCAUUUACAUACGCAAUCUGUCUGAGUGAGCUUGGGAAUGAAGGUGUACAUAAGUAUAUUGGUCAAGAACCAUCAGGUAGAAACUUUAAUGAUCUGUCCUUGGAUCCAUCAAACAAACCACAUAACCCAAUGCUGAAUGCUGGAGCAAUUAUGUCUUCUGCAUUGAUCUUACAAAAUAUAUUACCCAGGGAAGGAGUGGCAGCGAAAUAUGAAUUUCUUUUGAAAUACAUGACAAGAAUGGCUGGCAAUGAAGUCAUUGGGUUCAAUAAUUCUGUAUUUCUAUCUGAACGUGAGAAUGCAUACAGAAACUUUGCUAUGGCUUACUACAUGCAGGAGAAUAAAUGUUUUCCAGAAGGAACAGAUAUCCAUGAUUGUUUAGACUUAUACUUCCAGUCUUGCAGUUUAGAGGUUACUUCAGAAUCCUUAUCUGUAUUAGGAGCAACUUUAGCUAAUGGUGGAAUUUGUCCUAUUACCGGGGAAAAUGUACUUAACCCCUGUGCUGUAAGAGAUACUCUUAGUCUUAUGUACAGCUGUGGUAUGUACAAUUACAGUGGACAGUUUGCGUUUAAAGUUGGGCUUCCUGCAAAGUCUGGUGUAAGUGGAUGCGUGUUACUUGUAAUCCCAAAUGUGAUGGCUAUUUCUCUGUGGUCUCCACCAAUCGACAGUAUUGGGAACUCAGUUCGAGCAUUGCAAUUCUGUGAAGAAUUAGUUAAUGUAUACAGUUUCCAUAGAUUUGAAAACCUCAACAACCUUGUCACACAGAAGAUAGACCCAAGAAGACAAUCCUAUGAAGAAAAAACUCAUGGUUCUCUGACCCUUUUCUUUGCUGCUAUUACUGGAGAUGUUUCUUCUCUUAAUAGGCACCAUUUGCAAGGAGUUGAUAUGACCAUCUGUGACUAUGAUGGAAGAACUGCAUUGCAUCUAGCUGCAGCAGAAGGCAGGAUGCAUGCUGUCAAGUUCCUGCUGGAGACAUGCAGAGUUCCCCCCAGUCCCCAGGACAGGUGGGGGCAUACACCUCAGGAGGAGGCCUUCAGGUUCAAACAUGAUGAAGUCGGAAGAUUCUUUGAUAAUCAUUUAAAAUAAAUGUAAUAAAUAAACACCUGAAGGUCAAUAAAUUAUUUUUUUUUUA